CUCUCUCUCUCUCUCUCUCUCUCUCUCUCUCUCUCUCUCUCUCUCUCUCUGUCUGUCUUACAAAAGCAAGCCUUUCCUUUCUUCUUCCAUCCAUCACAUGUUUUUCUCAUCUGCCACGCCUGCCGGGACACGACGCAACACCGCCACUCUGCAACACAACCCCCGCACACACACACGCACAAGCACACGCCCCGCCAACACCGCUCAAGUGGCGUGCGUGUACCCCAGCAACACUCAAGGCAACACCAAUCACACCACGAGGUGCGGCAUGAUCAACUCGGGCGGCGCCAUGGCGAUGUUUCUGGUGCGGAUGAUGGGCCUUCUGUCCCUCGAGUCGGCUGUUCAGGAGCAUGAGAGUGGCCUUAACGUUACCGGGAACACUACAGGCCUUCCCCUCAGGCCAGAACAUGAACUACCGCACGUCCUGUCGUCCCCAACCUCCCCAGUAGCCUCUCCAGUGCCCUCCCCAGUCUCCCCAGCAGCUGUCCUACCUCCCCCGACGGCUGCAGGGGAGAGUAUACAGCAAGGAAGUGAAGGAAGUCUAGAUAGCGUAGUUUCCCCUUCCGCCGUCAUAGAAAACGGGCGUCCCGUGAGUGGUUCCUCGGAAAAUGGGAAGGAAUUGCCCACUCCGAGUCCUCUUGUGGAUGUGAGAGAGGAGGAGGAGGAGGAGGAGGAGGAGGAGGAGGAAGGGAGUGAGGGAAGUGAGGAGGGUGAGGGGAAUGAAGGGCGAAGGGAAGGAAGGGAUGCUGGUUCUCCUUCAUUUCUCUUUAGUUCUGUUCCAUCUUUAGCUCCCUCUUCUUCCUCUUCGUCAUUGCCUUCUUUGUCUUCGUCCUCUUCCUCGUUCACUGAAUUGCGUGCACCGACCAGCACCUCCACCACGCAAACACACGCACAAAUUCCCUCUCCAGACCCUCUCAGCCACCCUUCAAGCCCUCUCACUGCCUCGCCAAGCCCCCUCACCUCCCGGAGCCCUCUCUCCACCUCUCCACGCCCUCCCACAACGACCACACGCACUCAAACCUCUCAAACUUCCUCCUCUCACCGCCAGCCGCCUACACCGCGCUCUUAUAACACGUCCAGUCCACGCGCCCCCUCAGCACGCCCUCUGACGCCUCUCCCACGCCCCAUUACUCUCUCCCCACGCCCGCAACACGCCCCAUCGCCCCGCCUCGAGGCUUUGAUGGAAGAUAACGACUCAGAUUUUCUCAUGGAGCCUCACAGACAGGCGGACGCAGACGAGCUCGACUACCAAGAACUUCAGACCCCUUCUUGGCUCACCACGGCCGUCCCCACUCUCUCCUCCCGCAGCCUCGUCAGCCCCGUGCCCGUCAGGACUCCCCCACACCGACACCCGCAGCCACGCCAGCCCUAUCCGGCAUCCUCAGACCCAAGGACCCUCGCUAGACCCCGGAAAGUCCCCGCAGCAAGACCUAUUCCCCCGCCACACGUCUCCCCGCCACAUCAUAUUCUGCUACAGGCUCCCGCACCACCGCCCGCACCGCCGCCGUCGCCACCCUCGCCACCAGCACCUCAAGCACAGCCGCCACUAGAGCCCCUGCCCUCACCCACGCCCUCAGAGUCCAGUACGCCCCAACAGCAAGUCACUAAAGUUACGCCCAAUCCUCUGUUCUCGCCCCAUGCUGCACCCUCUGUCCCCGCGCCCCCAGUGGCCCCACAGUCCCGCCACCAGGAGUAUGAAGAGGGCUAUGACUACGAGUAUGAGGAGGAGAGUGACGCCAGGUUCGAGGUGCAGACGAGCGAGCCUCAAGUGCUCUUCGUGUUCGACAAGCCCGGUUACUCUCCCUCGCCCCCAACCACCAUGGCCCCGCCCACACGAGCCCCGACUCCAAGUGACCCCUGGGACUGCGCUCCGAGAUGCCCGAGGUACACGUUGCUGGAGUGGAAUAUGGACUACGACGUGCGCCUCUACCCCGACACCUUGUGGGUUAGCACCGUCAUGAUCUCCGAGAACCGCGUGCUGGCCGAGCUGGAGGGGUACAUGAGGGUGCAGGACUACUUCUACGGCCUCAAUGAUCAAGGUCUCGUGCUCAACCUUACCGUGCCCUUCGUGACGCAGAUCAAGUUUGGCCGCCACCCCGGAGUGCUUCAGGAGACCAACGACUUCACGGUAUCUCUGUACGUGCAGCCCAGCUACUAUCGCCCCGGGGAGCUGCCCACGCCCAUUAGCAACGAGGUGCUGGUGGACGAGCUGGAAGCGAAGACGGUGUUCGUGCAUAGCUUCGAGGCCAACGUGUGGGAGGUGACGGAGGCGCUGCUGGAGGAGAAGGUCAAGACGUUCAUGGCGCAGCUCAGGCAACACGGGGAGGCCUUCCUUGACCGCUACUACUACCUCGCCUCCUACAGCAGGCCGGAGCUGUACCAGGCUGUUUACUAUGAAAUCUGGAUCUACGCUACGAACUUCCGCAAUCCGCAGCCUCACAACAAGGUCGCGCCCCCGCAGAGGCGCCCCCGCGUCAACAAGGUCACCCAGCGCACCCUCACCAAGCUGUGCAGAGGAGUGGAGUGCCCGCGGUUUGAGGUUCUUCGCACCUUCAAAUACGGUAUCCAGAAACGCCGCUACUUCAAUGCCCUAUUCGCUUCCACGUCCCCUGAGGAGUGCCACUUCACCACCACCUCCAUCUGGAAGGGAUUCAUGCCCCUACAUCUCUACAAGCACGGCAUCAACUCCCACAUGGAGGUGCUGGAGGCCACUCGUCCCAUCGCCCUGGUGCACGUGAGGACCUCGCAAGCAGUCCACCCAGAGUGUCCCCAGAACCUUACCAUGUCCCUGUACCUUCCACGGCGCCUCCACUCCAAUCCCCCGCAGACUGGUUACUCCGCGCCCAAAGUACACAUCACAUCUAUGAAUGACGUGAUAGUAUAUGCUUACACUGUGGGCGGGUACCUGCUGGAGCCCGCGCGCGUCAGGCAGGAGCUGGCUGACCUCAAGCACCGUCUGUCGGAGUUUGGCGCCUGUUACCGAGAUGACGAACACUACGUGGUGAUCUAUGACUUCAUUGUGAGGUACCACGGGAGGCAGAACGAAAUUUGGGUUUUGGCUGAAAAUUGCAAGGCGACCCACAACGGCUGACUGGGCGUGGUGGAGGGAGGGGAGGGAUGGGACGAAAGAAGGAAGAAGAAGAGGAGAGGAGUGGUGGGGUGACUUUGGAGUAUUUAUAAAAACACACACACACACACACACACACACACACACUCACACACACACACACACACUUUGCCAUCACACGAAGGUUUAAAAAAAGAUAGAAACUUAAGAUAAUAAAUAAUACAUGUUUCUAAUUUCUUUCUUUCUUUCUUUUUUUUUCCAAGUAAAAGCAGUAUUUAUUUACACUUCUAUGUACACGAGGCGGGCAGGUGGAGGGUGAGCAGGCAGGCCGGGUGGGGAGGGGUGGUGUGGGCGGGACAGCCUUGCACCCCUCCCUGCUCCUCCCAGCUCCGCCGAACACCGCCCUCACCCAAACACACGUGAUGUAUUGGCGGGAACAAUAAAAGGGAUAUCACUGCAA